CUGGCCUUUUCGCUCGACACUCUCGCAGCCCCCAGCCCCACCCGAUCUGAUUCAGCCGACGCCUCCGCAUCCUCCUCCCCGGCGCCGCCCUCGCCCCCGUCCCACCCCUGCGCGACGAUACGGAGCGGCGCAGCGAAGAUGAUCGGCAGGCAGCUCGUGCUGACCUACCUCUACCUGCUGAUCUACGUCUGCCUCUCGUCGGGCGUCAUCCUGUUCAACAAAUGGGUCCUAUCUCCAAAGUACUUCAAAUUUCCCUUUCCGAUUACCCUUACAAUGAUUCACAUGGCGUUUUCUGGAAUCGUGACAUUCUUCCUUGUUCGAGUUUUUAAGGUUUUUACACCUGCCAAGAUGACUUUCCAGAUAUAUGCCACUUGUGUAAUUCCAAUUAGCGCCUUCUUUGCGUCAAGUCUGUGGUUUGGCAACACAGCAUACUUGUAUAUUUCAGUCCCCUUCAUUCAGAUGCUCAAGGCCUUGAUGCCUGUAGCGACAUUUAUAAUGGCUGUUAUAUGUGGUACUGACAAAUUAAGAUGGGACCUCUUCUUGAACAUGGUGUUGGUCAGUGUUGGUGUUGUAGUUUCAUCAUACGGCGAGAUUCACUUUAAUGUAGUUGGAACAUUAUACCAAGUAACUGGCAUUUUUGCGGAAGCCCUCAGGCUGGUUCUAACACAGGUCCUCCUCCAAAAGAAGGGUUUAACCCUGAAUCCUAUUACAAGCCUGUAUUACAUAGCUCCUUGCAGUUUCAUCUUCCUGUUUGUUCCGUGGUAUUUGCUGGAAAAGCCAGAAAUGGAUGUGUCUCAAAUUCAGUUCAACUAUUCGAUAUUUUUCCUGAAUGCACUUUCUGCAUUCGCAUUGAACAUAUCCAUAUUCCUAGUUAUUGGAAGAACUGGAGCAGUCACCAUUCGAGUUGCAGGAGUUCUGAAGGACUGGAUACUUAUUGCCCUCUCAACCAUUAUCUUUCCUGAAUCUAUUAUUACAAGCCUCAACAUAAUUGGAUAUGCAGUUGCUCUCUCUGGUGUCAUCCUGUACAAUUAUUUUAAGAUGAAAGAUGUCAAAGCAAACCAGCUUCCAGCAGAUAACACUCUUGAUAGGGCUACAAAGGAUAAGAAAAUCUCAAGUACAUACAGGGCUGACAAUUCGAUGGACAGCAAUGAUGGGACUGUCAUUGGAGGCGUGUCAUCAGAAGCUGCAGCAAUUGAUGAGGAAACCCCUUUGAUUCCUUCGUCGCGCCUCUCCUAUGUUACACGGACCCAAACAGGCAGCUUAAGUAACAGAUGACCAUCGUUUGCCUAAUUUUUUAUCGGUUGAGGUAGCAAAUCUCGUUCCAGAUUGACUAUGUUUUUUGUCUCGGGGAGGCUCAAAGAGUCAAAGAGGUGCACAAGCCGAUACACACUUGUGAAAAAAAGCUAUUUUUGGGAGCUCUGGCGAGUAGCCUUGCAUGCACCUCCUCUCAUACACGCCACUUGGACAUCCUCCCAUUUGUACUUUUGGCUGAUAUGUAUUUUUUUUGUGAGAUACUUGGAGGUGAAUUAGAGUAGUUGCAGAGGUAUGUCAUAACUUUUGAUCAGUAUUUGGAGAAAAUCCGGUAGGUCUUGUGUUGGAUAUACGUUAUUUCUUAACCCAGCAUAUGGAAAUGCUGUCAAACCAUAGAUGUUGUAAAGCACUCCUAUAGAUGCUAAUUUGAACUGUACUUUUGUUA